CGAAAUUACUAAAACUCAACCCAAAGCGUCCCUCUCUCUCUCUCUCUCGUUUCAAUCGGACAAACGCAACGAGUGCGCGCGAAACUAUUAUCGGAUUUCUACAGAGAAAUCCCAUUCGCCGGCAAAAGUAGUCACCGUCUUGUUGGUGAAUAACUAAAUGCUCAUUACAGCUGAAAAAUGUUGUUGAAUCUUCGUCUCGAUGGAAGUAGCUUACACGUUCUCUGUUCCACCAAAACAAUACCUAUCUUCCCUCUGGACAAGCUCCCAUCUUUCAAGAAAGUGAAGCAGAACUACGUACCAGGAACCCACGACGGCAGCAAGGGGACACACCAAAGAAUCAGCAGAGACUACGACCGUGGAGGUGUUAGUACUAUUCCCCGUGAAGUUAUCUCCGGAAGAAACUUACUUAUCGUAAACCCAAUUGAUACCCGCAUCGGAAAGUCAAGGAUUAGUGAUGGGUUUGUUGGCAAGAAGGCUAAAGAUGCUGGAUUUAACGGAAACUGUAUGGUUAGUAAAGCGCACGCCAAGUGUUCGACGAAAGGUCUGAGUUACGGAGGAUGUAUUCCCGCUAUUCUAGAGGCUCUGGAUCGUAUUCAGAAUGUUGGCGACGCGUUAGGUCCGUGGGAGGAGAGGCUUAGCAACAAGGAGAGGACGAUUAUCUUGAAAGAGCAGACGCGGUGGGAGAGAGCGGUAGAGAUUUUCGAGUGGUUUAAGAGCAAAGAAUGCUAUGAGCUGAACGUGAUUCAUUACAAUAUCAUGCUUAGGAUUCUUGGGAAAGCUCGUAAAUGGAGGUAUGUUCAGAGUUUGUGGGAAGAGAUGAUCAGAAAAGGCAUCAAGCCGAUUAAUUCAACCUAUGGGACUCUCAUUGAUGUUUAUAGCAAAGGUGGGCUUAAAGUACAUGCCCUUUGUUGGCUAGGGAAGAUGAGUAAGAUAGGGAUGCAGCCUGACGAAGUCACAACGGGUAUCGUUCUUCAAAUGUAUAAAAAGGCAAGAGAGUUUCAAAAAGCAGAGGACUUUUUCAAGAAAUGGUCGCACGGCGGCGGCAAAGAGAAGAAGAUGGAGUCGCGUGUUUGCUUGAGCUCUUAUACUUACAAUACGAUGAUCGAUACGUAUGGUAAAUCGGGACAGAUCAAAGAGGCUUCGGAGACGUUCAAGAGGAUGCUAGAAGAAGGGAUUGUGCCAACCACAGUGACUUUUAACACCAUGAUUCAUAUGUAUGGCAACAACGGCCAGCUUGGAGAGGUGACUUCCUUGAUGAAAACGAUGAAGCUUCAGUGCUUACCUGACACAAGAACAUACAACAUUCUCAUCUCGCUUCACACCAAGAACAACGAUAUCGAAAGAGCAGGAGCUUACUUCAAAGAAAUGAAAGACGCCGGGCUUAAACCAGACCCUGUAAGUUACCGAACCCUCCUUUACGCGUUGUCGAUAAGACAUAUGGUUGAGGAAGCUGAAGAGCUUGUAUGGGAGAUGGAUGAUAACGAUGUCGAGAUCGAUGAGUAUACGCAGUCUGCUCUCACUAGGAUGUAUAUAGAAGCGGAGAUGCUUGAGAAAUCAUGGUCUUGGUUCCAAAGGUUUCAUCUCACGGGUAAAAUGAGCUCUGAAGGCUAUUCAGCCAACAUUGACGCAUAUGGCGAGCGUGGAUAUCUAACAGAAGCCGAGAGAGUGUUUAUCUGCUGCCAAGAAGUGAACAAGAGAACGGUUAUUGAGUACAAUGUGAUGAUCAAAGCGUAUGGAAUCGGUAAAAGCUGUGAAAAGGCUUGUGACUUAUUUGAGAGCAUGAUGAGUUACGGCGUCACGCCGGAUAAGUGCACGUACAACACUCUCGUCCAGAUCCUUGCGAGCUCCGACAUGCCUCAUAAAGCCAGAUCGUACCUGGAGAAAAUGAGAGAGACGGGUUACGUGAGCGAUUGCAUACCGUACUGCGCUGUGAUAUCGAGCUUUGUGAAACUUGGUCAGCUCAAUAUGGCAGAGGAAGUGUACAAAGAGAUGGUUGACUUCAAUAUUGAGCCUGAUGUUGUUGUCUAUGGAGUGUUGAUCAAUGCUUUUGCGGAUACUGGAAACGUUCAAGAAGCUAUGAGUUAUGUAGAAGCGAUGAGAAAAGCUGGAAUUACAGGGAACUCUGUUAUACAGAGUUCACUGAUUAAGCUCUACACUAAAGUCGGGUACUUGAACGAAGCUGAAGCUAUCUACAGAGAGCUUCUUGAAUCAUGUAACACGACGCAGUAUCCAGACGUGUACACAUCAAACUGUAUGAUCAACCUGUACAGCGAAAGAUCGAUGGUGAGAAAAGCGGAAGCGAUAUUCGAGAGCAUGAAACAGAGAGGAGAAGCAAACGAGUUCAGUUUUGCUAUGAUGCUAUGUAUGUACAAGAAGAACGGCAGGUUCGAAGAAGCGACUCAGGUAGCGAAACAGAUGAGGGAGAUGAAGAUUCUCACUGUUCCUUUGAGUUACAACAGUGUUCUUGGUUUAUACGCUUUGGACGGGAGGUUUAAAGAAGCUGUUGAGAUUUUUAAAGAGAUGGUUGCGUCCGGGGUUAGACCAGAUGACUCGACGUUUAAGUCGCUUGGGACCAUACUGAUCAAACUCGGCUUGUCGAAGAAAGCUGUCCGUAAGAUGGAAGAAGUGAGGAAACAAGAGAUCAAGAGAGGUUUGGAGUUAUGGAUCUCCACUCUCUCUUCUCUUGUUGGGAUUCAAAGCAGUAACGAAGAUUGCGAUGAGCUUUAGGGUUUAGUUUUGGUAGAUUGUUGUGCCUAUGUAUAUCUGUUUACAUGUCAACCUUGCAACUACAACUAAUCACAAAUUACAGUUGGUCAUGUAAA